AUGCCCGCCCCAAGCCCCCUCUCCAUCGCCACCUCCUCCGUCCAGCGCCUCGUCAAGGAGGAGACUUACUACCACAAGGACCUCGCCAGCCAGCAGGCCCGCGUUGAAAAACUCGAGAAGGAUGCCCAGGAGCCCGGUGCCGCCCAGCAGCAGGACGAGAACGCAGGGUACAUGCUGAACCAGGAGAAAAAAGCACUGGAGGAGACCAAGGCCGUCUUUGGGCCCCUGCGCGGCCGCAUUGCCGAUGCUGUGUCCAAACUGGAGGAGCAGAUCGCCAUAGGCGAGAGCGAGAACAGCUCGGCGGAGGAGCUAGCACGGGCGAGGGAGGCCCUCAAGCAAGGGGAGGAUUCCCUCAAGAAGUCGGAGUCGUAG